AUGGUGAAUUUAAAAGAGAAGAUUAAAGAGCUUCAUCAACAGUAUAAGGAAGCAUCAGAAGUGAAGCCACCUCGUGAUAUUACAGCAGAGUUCCUUGUGAAAAGCAAACACAGGGAUCUGACUGCGCUUUGCAAGGAGUAUGAUGAAUUGGCAGAAGCACAAGGAAAGCUGGAGGAGAAGUUACAAGAACUUGAAGCCAAUCCACCAAGUGAUGUUUAUCUGUCGUCAAGAGACAGGCAAAUACUUGACUGGCAUUUUGCAAACCUGGAAUUUGCUAAUGCUACACCCUUAUCUACGCUUUCACUGAAGCACUGGGACCAGGAUGAUGACUUUGAAUUCACAGGCAGUCACUUGACUGUGAGGAAUGGAUAUUCCUGCGUGCCUGUGGCCUUGGCAGAAGGGUUGGAUAUUAAAUUAAACACAGCGGUUCGACAGGUUCGCUAUACGGCAUCAGGCUGUGAAGUGAUAGCUGUCAAUACACGAUCUACUAGCCAGACUUUCAUUUACAAAUGUGAUGCUGUGCUGUGUACUCUUCCCUUGGGAGUACUGAAACAGCAGCCUCCAGCAGUACAGUUUGUUCCACCUCUUCCUGAGUGGAAAACUUCUGCAGUGCAGCGUAUGGGAUUUGGCAACCUUAACAAGGUUGUGUUGUGUUUUGAUCGUGUCUUUUGGGAUCCGAGUGUCAAUUUGUUUGGUCAUGUUGGUAGCACUACUGCAAGCCGAGGAGAACUCUUCCUGUUUUGGAACCUGUACAAAGCACCAAUUUUGUUGGCCUUGGUAGCAGGAGAAGCAGCAGGGAUCAUGGAAAAUAUCAGUGAUGAUGUCAUUGUUGGACGGUGCCUUGCCAUCCUCAAAGGCAUAUUUGGUAGCAGCGCUGUGCCACAGCCGAAAGAGACUGUGGUGUCCCGCUGGCGGGCCGACCCGUGGGCCCGGGGAUCGUACUCCUAUGUAGCAGCUGGAUCUUCUGGAAAUGACUACGAUUUGAUGGCUCAGCCAAUCACUCCAGGGCCAGCCAUUCCAGGUGCUCCGCAGCCCAUUCCUCGCCUGUUUUUUGCAGGAGAACAUACCAUUCGCAACUACCCUGCAACCGUUCAUGGCGCUUUGCUGAGCGGACUGAGAGAAGCCGGUCGCAUUGCAGACCAGUUUCUUGGGGCCAUGUACACUUUGCCUCGCCAGCCUACGCCUGGAGCCCCCCCACAACAAGCCACCAGCAUGUAAGAAAACCAGAAGGUGUCAGAAGAGGAGUGACAAGACCACAGGGCUGCUGUUGUGGACUCUUUGGGAUGAAGAUAUUCGUGUAGUCUGUAACAGUGUCUGCUGAAAGGACU